ACACACUCGUUUCUUUUGGCUGUACAGCACCUCGCGCGCUCAACCCUUAUACACUCGCUAAUCGCUUCAUUGCCCUACUUGUACUAAUCCGCGCCACUCUGCCGCCCACACAUACACACUCCUCAACGCCAUAAUGAAGUACUCGGCCGUCCUCCUCUUCGCUGCCGCCGCCGCCGCCCAGAGCGGUAGCACCAUCACCGGCGCCCCCGUCUCCAAGCCCGCCGCAACGGGUCUCUCGUCGGCCGUGAGCUGCGCCAUGGCGUGCGAUGCUGGCGAUGUCAACUGCCAGGCCGCCUGCCUGGGCAACGCUCGCCCCAACGCGUCCCAGGCCAUCGCGACCAACGAGUGCGCGGCCAAGUGCGACCAGGGCGAUGGAUCUCCCGCCGCCACCCAGGCCUACUCCAAGUGCGUCGACGCUUGCAUCAACAGCCUCUUCCCCAGCAGCCAGACUGCCUUUGUCGGCGGUAAUGGUCCUGCCCCUGCUGCUUCCUCGGCCGCUGCCGGUUCCAGCCCUGCUGGUUCCAGCCCAGCCAGCCCCACUGGCCCCAACGCCUCUUCUCCUUCGGGUGCUGUGGGAACCCGCACUGGAUCUGCUGCCAGCGGAACCGCGGCCACGUCUUCUCCCAGGCCCUCGGCUGGCGCAGCUGACAAGACCUCUGCCCAAUUCUUCGGUGCUGGUCUCGCUGGUCUGCUUGCCAUCUUCGCUUUGUAGAUGGGCUAGCUGGGGGCGCCUUCUGCUCCAGCGCAUGGAUGGUCUAAGCGGACGCUGACAUGAUGGGGGGUUCGAGGGGAUGCAGAAGAAAGCAGCUCCGUUUCGACUGUCUGGCGUGCAGCAGACAAGGGUCGCAAAAGGCGGCCAUUCUUUUGUGCUUUGAUUGAUUGAUGGGCGGGUUGAUUGGCUGAUUGGCGGUGGUGUGGGUGUUUGGCUGUGGUGGUGGUGGUGGUAGCUUGGUAGUCCAAUCAUAAUGUUGUUUCUCCAUAAGUAGCCGGCUGAGGGCUGGGUGUGGGUGUGGGUGAGCUUGGGUGAAAACGGGUCGUCGCGUGGACGGGGAUCAGCACUGGGGCUCUUAGCGCAGCUAAUAACAUGGCCGUGGCUCGUGCCUCAAUGCAGGUCAGACCGGCAUCAUC